UGGAGCGAAGUAGGUUCGGGCUGCUCCGGUGCGCGUGGUCACGUGCUAGUCCACUUCAUCCUACUGACUAGUGGUGGUAAGUUUCGCGACGUCACUUAAGCUCUGGCUUGCUCUGUAGAUACUUCUGCGUGUUGUAAGAAUAUUUCCGCGUGAUCAAUACAGCAAUGUCGUCGGCGAUUCCAACAGUUAAACAACCAGUACUUGCGGCGCUUCGUCGCUUCACCACUUGUGAUAUUGGAGACGCUCUAGUGCGGUUGAACGUCCGACAUGGUGGCUAUCUUUCCGGCUUGAAGAUGUUCUCACCCCAGAUGGGCAUAGGCCCUUUCAAAAUAUUUGGCCCAGCGUACACCGUUCGUAUGGUCCCAGCAAAUGAUACAACUUCGCCCAAACCAUCCAAGCAUUUCGCUGAUGCAAUCCCGUCGGGUAGUGUUGUGUUUGUAUCCCAGCCAAGCGGCUUUAUCAGUGCUUGUUGGGGUGGUUUGAUGAGUACACGCGCACUCAAGGCAGGAGCAGCUGGAGUAGUCAUCGACGGGAGCUUCCGAGACAUAAAUGAGCAUAGAGAUUUGGGCAUAGGCCUGUUUGCUCGUCGUAUCAGUAUCCUCGGCUCGAACACUUUCACUCGCUCAUCUGAGCUCAACGUCCCCGUCUCAUAUCAAAUUGAGGAGCUCAAGGAUGAGAACAUUAAUAUCAGACCUGGAGAUCUGAUCAUGGGGGAUGCGGAUGGUGUGGUGGCAAUUCCUCCAGAGGUAGCUGAGGAGUGUGCAAAGCUCUGUGAUUCUAGGUGGAACAUCGAUGAAGCCACACGGAAAUGUCUCGAAGAGGGAGAUGAAAUUGGACCAACUAUUUUGAGGCUGCGCCAGUAAUAGU